AUGCGUUUCCACCCCGCUGCUGCCCUCGCUAUCCUAGCGGCCACCACUAGUUUCGCUGCACCGCUCAGCUCCUCUAAAGCCUCCAUCGACCAGGCCAACGUCGAGGUCCAAGAGAGGAACUUGCAGGACCUUUCGUCAGCGGCAGAGGACCUCAAUGGUCUCGUAAAGCGGCUUCCUGAUAGUGGACGUUAUUCGUUCACUUUUUCAACCCACUUGAGGGGUAGCAAGGAAGAGCUUGACGGCGUUGACCUGUUCUUGACCUACAGUGAAGGGGAGAUCCAUGUCACCGUGGAAAAUGGCCUGGAUAAGGAAAUUGUUGCCUACAUAGAGGCUUUCGACUUUCAUAAUUCCUCCAAGAGCAAAGAUAUCAUGGCCAAGAACGUCGGGGCCGGCAAGACGGUCGAGACGACUCUAAAGGUUAAUGUGGAUUUCGAACUGUGGGCUAGGGGCAAGUUCUCCUGGAGGUCGAACUACUAA